UAACGUAUCAGAGUAAGUUUGCAUUCACAAACAGGAGCCAACCAAGCAAAAUUGGAUCAAAAUUCUGAAUAGUGUAGCGAUAUUAGUGAAAGCAUAAGCUUGGGAUAGCUUUGCUUGCCCGCAGAGAGCAAGUAGUGUGUGUCUGUGUGUGUGAGAGAGAAAGAGAUGGCCGGAAGAAACCAUCUCCCACCAAAUGCCCUAAAACUCCGAGAAAUGUCCUUCUCAAGGGCAUCCCACCACGGCCACCCUGUCCUAAUCGAAGACCCUCGCGCCAUCCAUCGCCUCCAAAUCCAUCCCCACGAGUCGCGGCCCCACCCUGCCCUCGUCGAAGAGCGCAUCGCCGUGCAGCACCGUGACAUCCAAACCCUCCUCGUCGACAAUCAACGCCUCGCCGCCACCCACGUGGCUCUCAAGCAGGAGCUCGCCGUCGCUCAGCAGGAACUCCUCCACCUAUCGGCCGCUACCGCGGAGGUCAAGGGUGACAGAGACGCUCAGGUGCGGGAGGUCUACGAACGAUCGCUGAAGAUGGAGGCUGAGGUCCGUUCGAUCGAUGCACUCACUCCGGAGCUGGCUCAGGUCAGGGCGGAUGUACAGAAGUUGACUGCGUCGCGGCAAGAGCUUGCCGCGAAGUUUCAAGCGAUUGACGGUGAUCUCGUUAGGGUUCGCUCGGACUUGCAGCAAUUGCCGGCGAUCAAAUCAGAGAUAGAGGCAAUGCACCAGGAACUCCAAAGAGGAAGGGCUGCUGUUGAGUAUGAAAAACAGACACAUGCUAGUAACCUUGAACAAGGUCAGGCAAUGGAGAAAAGUAUGAUUUCCAUGGCUCGUGAAAUUGAGAAACUAAGGGCUGAGCUUGCUAAUGCAGAAAAGAGAGCAAGGGCAGCUGCUGCGGCAGCUGCAGCAGCAACUCCAAGUCCUGGAUAUGCUGCAGGGUAUGGGAAUCCUGAGAUGGUGUACGGUGGAAGUUCUUAUCCUGAUCCUUAUACCAUGCAUCAGGUGCAGGGUGGUGUUGAUGCAGGUUCGCAAUAUGGUUCUGGAACGAUGGUUUAUGACAUGCAACGAAACCAUUUGCACAGAUAGGCUCUACUUGAAUGAAUUCAAGCUCAUAUUUUCUUUUGAUAGCUGGAGUGCUGAAGCAGCCAACCUCUAAAUUAAGUUAUAAGGAUAAUACCCCAAGGCAAGAAAUCUUUUUUCUUUUUUUUGCAUUGCCUGGUUUUCCACCAUCCUCACUGGCCAGUAGAUAAACUAUGAGGUUAGUGCAUGAGUGAAAACCGAGCUGGUACCAUGGCUUUGCCUAUGCUUCUAAAUCUGUUCGCCAUUUAGUGUAUUUGCAUUAACCCCCCUUUUCAAUACAUUUUUGCUCUGACAAAGUUGUUGUUUGUCCUACAUGAGUCCUCAUUUCUUUGAUUUUGUUUUCAAUUGUCGCUGAAUUUUCUGUGUGUUUGGUCACCUCAAGUUUGUUAUACAAAGUUAUUUAUGGAAUUGCAAAUAAUGUGGAACCUGUGGUGUUUCGCAA